GACUCCCCUCAACUGACACACACUCAACACAACGAGGAGUACCAUUCUGUCCUCAGUGAGACCACCAAGUCUCUUCAGAUCAGACCUAGAGAUCAGGACAUCUUUCCUUCGGGACCUCUUUGAUUCUAUUUGGAACACUAGGACCAGAUUCUUCUUCAGACUGAACUCGACAUACAGAUGCAGUCUAGAGUUUGGGACUACAGAUACAUAAUCUGUUCUGUUGAAUUGGAAUUGGACCUGAUUUCUCACUCAGACGUACAGUAUUUAUGGUCUGGAGUAGACAUAUACACUUCUGUCCUCUUGGAUUCUAUUGGAAUUGUAGUCUCCCUCUUUAGAAGAAAGGGUAUUUCUUGGAUUCUGCUCUAGCCCACUAGACUAGACCUGGGACUAAUCUUCCAAGACUCACUCCCUUUGUGUUUUUGGAUUCUGUUGGAGAAGAUAUACUUCUUGGACUGUCUCUAACCAUAUUAUCCGGUUCUGAAUGCUGAAGCUAGUCGCUGACUCCCGGAAGAGAGGAGGUGGAGGAGGGAUUGGGGGGUGUGAGAUGCUCCCCUCACGCCCCAAUCUGUCUGUCCCCCUGCGGGUGAUUAUCUACGGGACGUGUGCCUUGGCACUGGUCAACACUGUGGCUCUCCUGGUGCUCCUAGUGCAACAGAACCAGCUGUGGAGCCAUGUGGAGCUCACCGAGGCCAGGCUGGAGGAGGUGGAACAGAGCUCCAUGGUGGAGUUCUUCCAGGAGGUGCCCCGAGAAGGUGUAGCAGCAGGAGACACAGGAAGGCUGGCUGAGCUAAGAGGAGGCCCAGGGUGGCUUGCAGGGCUGCGUGGAGGAGGUGCAGGAGGAGGUGAAAGGGGUCUGGGGAAGGAGCAGAGGGAGCAGGGGGAGUACCAGUACUCCCGUAACAAGAGGAGUCGUGAGCUGGAGAGGGAGCUACGACAGGAGUUAAAGGAGGAGCUGAGGCUAGAGCUGAGGGAGCUGAACCAUCAGGAGAGCCAGGAACUCCUGCAGGAGGUGACCCAGGGGCUACAUCAGGGGCAGGAGGUGACGCAGGGGCUACAUCAGGGGCAGGAGGUGACCCAGGGGCUACAUCAGGGGCAGGAGGUGACCCAGGGGCUACAUCAGGGGCAGGAAACGGGGCGAGGUGGGCUGGACACAGGAGAGGAGGUACACCCUGAGUUGAGAGAGGAGUUACACCACGGGUUGAGGGAAAAGAUGGACAAGGAGAUGGACAAGGAGAUGGACAAGGAGAUGGGGAAGAAGAUGAGACAUGAGCUGAACCACAAACACAGGAAGACAAAGGGCUUCCAGAAGACUGAGAUACAGGACGACAUGAUGAUGAUGAUGACCUAUUCUAUGGUGCCAGUCAAAGUGUUGUUGGAUAUCUGUAACAGCACCAAGGGAGUCUGCAUAGCUGGACCACCCGGCCCUCCUGGACCCCCUGGGCUACCUGGCCUGAAUGGUCUGCCUGGGCACAAUGGCACUGAAGGCAUCCCAGGACUAGACGGACUGCCUGGGGCUGAUGGAAAACAAGGCAAGAGAGGUGAGAAAGGUGAGCCGGGGAAGAAAGGAGAUAGAGGAGACCCUGGAUCCGCAGGAGAAAAUACACAAUCGUCCAACGAUGUCAUCUUGGAGGGCCCCCCAGGUCCGGCUGGUCCUCCUGGUACUCCAGGCCCCAUUGGCCCUCCUGGACCUCCUGGCCCACAAGGACCCCAGGGGCCCCCCAGAAACAGGAGCCACCGGGCCAAUCUUCCCAUCCACGCUGCCCAGACCCUGGAUCCGUCACAUGCUGUACCAAACGAUGGGACUCUGUCCGCCAAAGAGGCUGGGAAGUUACAAGAGAUACCACUAAAUAAGAAAAAUGAGUGCAUCAUCAAGUCACUGAUCAACCCCCGUAACGUAUCUAAGAUGGAGAGUACGUUCGGAACGUGGAUGAAAGACACGGCUGUGCUGAACGACAAACGCAUCUGGGUGGCCGAACACUUCUCUGGUCGUACGGUGAAGGAGUAUAAGAGCAUCACCUCAUUCCAGAAUGCCACCAGUGAGGUCAUCGACGGCAGGAAGUUCUACCAGGGGUGUGGCCAUGCCGUUCAUAACGGAUCCUUCUACUAUCACAUCGCCGGAACCUCCAACCUGGCCAGGUUCGACCUGCAGUCCAAGCGUCUCCACACCCUGGCCAUCGACAAUGCUCUGUACCACAACCUGUCCUACCUUUUCUAUAACUCCAAGACCUACUUCAAGCUGGCGGCGGAUGAGAACGGCCUGUGGCUCAUCUUUGCCUCCAGUCUGGACGACAGCAUUAUGGUGGCCCAGCUGGACCUGAAGAGCUUCUCCGUCACAUCGUACAUCAACACCACCUACCCUAGGACCAAGGCCGGCAACGCCUUCGUGGCCUGUGGCGUGCUCUACGUCACCGACACCAAGGACACCCGUGUGACCUUCACCUUCGACCUCCUGAAGGGGAAACCGGUCAACGUGACCUUUGACCUGAGGUCCCCUGGCGGGGUGCUGGCCAUGCUGUCCUAUAGCCCCAAUGACAGACACCUGUAUGUGUGGGAUCAGAGCUACGUGAAGCUGUAUGUGGUGCACUUCAUCUCUGAUGACUGAGACAGUGUUUUGACGGUAUUCUGAUAGUGUUUUGAUGGUAUUCUGAGGAUGUUUUGAUGGUAUUUUUACAGUAUUGUGACAGUAUUUUGAUGGCAUUCUGAUUAAAGAUGAACAGCACUCGUGAAUAUGAUGGUUAUUUUUUAUUUAGAAUAUGUACGGCUUCCGGAGACACCUGAAACCCCACCUCUUUAAGGAAUACCUAGGAUAGGAUAAAGUAAUCCUUCUAACCCCCCCUUAAAAGAUUUAGAUGCACUAUUGUAAAGUGGUUGUUCCACUGGAUAUCAUAAGGUGAAUGCACCAAUUUGUAAGUCGCUCUGGAUAAGAGCGUCUGCUAAAUGACGUAAAUGUAAAUGUAAUGCCAUCUCAACAAGGACUCUUUUCUAAUGGCUUUUUGUGACUGCUGGCUGGGAUAAAACACCCUCUUUGUGAGUGCUGUUAAAAUAUUUGUUUAAAUUGGAUUACAGCUUCCAAAGAUGCACACACUGUACCUUUUCCAAUGUAGAGUUUAACUGAAUAAGGGCUUAUCAGAGUAGGAAGUAGAUCAUUAUAAUAUAAUUGUUAGUCUAUUUUGUAUUGUGGCGAUGGUUUAAACAGUAAAAUAAUUGCUGUACUGUUUUCCAUAUGAGAUUGUGUAAUUAUCUUUUUGUAAGGAUACUUACUAACAGUUUGACUUGUUAUGUCUCUCACUUGUAUAUUAUAUUUAUUUGGAAAAUGUAACUCUUUUUUAAGGUCUACCCUGGAAACAUGGCUUUUUGUGGAGUUAAUACUAUUUAUAGCUGUAAAGUCCUUACUAGACUUUCCCUGACUGCAUGACAAAAUAUGUAUCAGAAAUGAGUUUCCAUAUUUACUUGGAUCCUACCAUGACCAGCAUCCCUUAGAGAGCAAAAUGUUUAAAAAAUAUCUAUAUUGAAAAUCUGUGCAUAUGUUUAUUCCCGACAAUGAAAUUUGCCGCUGCAUUGUCUCUACUGAUUAUCAUGCCUAGAGAGAGAAAAUACAGAAACAAGCAUAAAAUCAACCUGAUGAAAUAAAAAUAAUUUAUUCAACUUACAAAGGUAGAACAACCUGCUAUAAAUUCCUGUAUAUUCCUAUAUUCUCUCUCUGGACUCUCUCUAGUCAUAGCCUCACCAUAGUGAGCUUUAGAUAGAUAUAUACUGUAGAUACCUGAACAACACUUUACUUAAAGCACCUUGUUAUGAAGUGUUAAUAUCUUAUAUAGACAUGAAUAUCCCCUUAUAUAUGUUAUAGAGCAUUAUGAAGUGUUAAUAUCUUAUAUAGACAUGAAUAUCCCCUUAUAUAUGUUAUAGAGCAUUAUGAAGUGUUAAUAUCUUAUAUAGACAUGAAUAUCCCCUUAUAGAUGUUAUAGAGCAUUAUGAAGUGUUAAUAUCUUAUAUAGACAUGAAUAUCCCCUUAUAGAUGUUAUAGAGCAUUAUGAAGUGUUAAUAUCUUAUAUAGACAUGAAUAUCCCCUUAUAGAUGUUAUAGAGCAUUAUGAAGAAUGUACCAUAAAGCAAAACAAGGCUCGGUACCUUUUUGUAAGGCGCCUAGCGUGUUAUUGCUUCACUGUGAUGUUUUUAAUGAUGCUCUAUGACUGCAUCUAUAAGGUGACCUAUGAAUGUUUAUAAGGAAUUCGUAAGUAUAAGGCUUCAUAAGUACUAGCAUUAUACACACGACAGAAGGUAGAAUAUGUAAACAUAGAUGUCAGAGAUCAGACGUGGUACCCAGAGGGAGGGAAGGAAACACAAAUCUGUUUAAUAAUAAUACGUAUAAUAGUAAAAACAAUACAAACAUUUAACAAAAAAUACAACUAAUCCAGCCGGUAUGAUACAAAACAAAAAAUUAAGUAAAACGCUUUCAUGUUUGUACAAGCUGCUGUGGUAUUUCAUAUAUUUAUAUAUUAAAACUGUUUAACUUUUUACUACUAGGCCAAAUACAGCCAGACAUUCAUUUGUAUGUAACAGUAGUUUCUUUGUUCUUCUCAUAGCCUAUUCGUUUUGAAAUAAACUUUUAGUGUCCCCA